AUGGUCCAAAUCAGUGAGGUUACAGGCAAUGGCCGUGAAAACAGAAUUGCUGCUCAUUCUCACAUCAAAGGGCUUGGCUUAAAGGAGGAUGGAACUUCAGAAAAUGCUGCUGGCGGCUUUAUCGGUCAAAACACCGCGCGUGAGGCUUCUGGUGUAAUUGUCGAUUUAAUUAAGUCUAAGAAACUCGGUGGUCGGGGUAUCUUGUUUGCUGGUGCCUCAGGAACUGGCAAAACUGCACUGGCACUUGCCAUUGCUCAAGAAUUGGGACCGAAAGUACCAUUCUGUCCCAUGGUUGGAAGUGAAGUGUUCUCCAGUGAAGUGAAAAAAACAGAAGUUUUGAUGGAAAACUUUCGACGCGCUAUUGGCUUACGUGUAAAAGAGACCAAGGAGGUUUAUGAAGGCGAAGUUACAGAAUUGACGCCAGAAGAAGCAGAAAAUCCUCUGGGCGGUUAUGGAAAAACUAUUUCACACGUUCUUUUGGGACUGAAAACAUUUAAGGGUACCAAACAACUUAAACUCGACCCGAGUAUUUACGAGUCGCUUCAAAAAGAAAUGGUUACUGUGGGUGAUGUGAUCUAUAUCGAAGCCAAUACGGGAGCAGUAAAACGUGUUGGUCGUAGUGACGCUUAUGCAACAGAAUUCGAUUUGGAAGCCGAAGAAUAUGUACCUCUGCCGAAGGGUGAAGUUCACAAAAGAAAAGAAAUUAUUCAAGAUGUUACCUUACAUGACCUCGACAUUGCCAAUGCUCAUCCUCAAGGCGGUCAGGAUAUCAUGUCUAUGAUGGGCCAGCUCAUGAAGUCUCGUAAAACAGAAAUCACUGACAAACUGCGUCAAGAGAUUAACAAAGUCGUCAACAAAUUCAUCGAUCAAGGAAUUGCUGAGCUUAUUCCUGGUGUUCUCUUUAUUGACGAAGUUCACAUGCUUGAUAUUGAGUGUUUCACGUAUUUGAACCAGGCGCUUGAGAGUCCAAUAUCUCCUAUUGUCAUUUUUGCUUCUAACCGGGGCAUGUGCACCAUUCGUGGAACGGAGGACAUUACUGCUCCUCAUGGUAUUCCCACCGACCUUUUGGAUCGUUUAAUGAUUGUUCGCACAUUACCUUACUCAGCUGCUGAGAUCAAGGCUAUCGUUCAAACUCGCGCCAAGGUUGAGUCCCUAAAUCUUACGGAAGCAGCCCUCGACCGGCUGUCUGAGAUGGGUCACAAAACAAGUCUUCGUUAUGCUGUUCAGCUUCUCACUCCCGCCAGUAUCGUGGCUAAGUUGGGCGCGAGUGAAGCUGUUGAUGUCCAACACGUCGAAGAGUGUGCUGAUCUGUUCCUGGACACAAAGCGGUCAGCUCGUGUUGCCCAGUCUUCAGGCGGCUUUUUGCAUUAA